UGGCCGCACGCAAACGGGAAAAAAGGGGGCAAAAAUAAAUAGGCGCGGCCUCUCCUCUCCAACGGUCGUCUACCCGAGAGGCAGACCCCGCAGCGCAUCCACCCCCACGGGUCCAAUUCAAAAAUCGAAUCCUCCGCUCCUCCCCCGUCUCAUUUCCGAACCCCAUUCUCUUCCGCUCGCUCGUCUCCCAAGCCGGCGAUUCCCCAAGCUGGGACCCAGCGAGCGAAUCCCCGCCUCCCCCGAUCCUCAGAUCGAGGCUAUGGAGGCGGAUCCGGCCGCAGCGGGGACCUCCUCGACGCCGCCCUCGCCACCGCGGCAGCCGCAAGGCGAGGGCGAGCGCGGCGCCGUGGAAUCCGCGGAUCCCGCGACCCCAGGUCGAUGCGCGGCGAGGGGAGACCCGAACCCCGCGCCGCCGCCGUCGCCCGCGUCGGCCGCACCGCCGCCACCUCAGGUGCCUCAAGGUGAGGAAGCGGCUGCGAGCAGCGAGGGGGAGCAGGAUAAUGAGGUGGGGGCAGGAGUAGGGGAGGCUCUCCGAAGCUUCAUGGAGGAGUUCGGUGAUCAAGGAGAGUACUGCCUUAUCCUGUCGCCGCAGCUGAAGGAGAUUGCCACUCCUGACCGCCCUGCUGCCCUCCGCUUCCUCGGGGAAAAGUAUAACAGCCUCAUGGAGCGGUACAAGAAGCAGUCGGCCAAUUGUGCUGAGGAGUGUGCGCCUAGAUACGGUGGCCUGAAGAAGAAGUACAUGGACGAGUGCGCAGAGCGGCGGCGGCUGUACAACGAGCUUAUUGAGCUGAGGGGGAACAUUAGGGUGUUCUGUCGGUGCCGGCCUCUGAGCGCCGACGAGGUCAGCCGUGGGUGCUUGUCCGUGGUUGAGAUUGACCAGUUACAGGAGACUGAGCUGCAGUUUGUCCCCUCCGAGAAAGAAAGGAAGGCCUUCAAAUUUGAUCAUGUUUUUGGCCCAGAGGAUGAUCAAGAGGCUGUGUUUUCAGAGACGGUGCCUGUUGUGAGGUCUGUAAUGGAUGGCUUCAACGUAUGCAUCUUUGCGUAUGGACAAACAGGAACUGGGAAAACGUUCACUAUGGAAGGGGUUCCAGAAAAUCGGGGUGUAAAUUACAGGGCUUUGGAAGAAUUGUUCAGGAUGUCAGAGGAGAGAAAUGCGUCUGUUGAGUACACAUUUUCAGUGAGCAUCUUGGAAGUCUACAACGAAAAGAUCCGAGAUCUGCUUGAUGAGAGCAAUGAGCAAUCAUUGAAAAGGUUGGACAUCAAGCAAAGUGCUGACGGAACCCAAGAGGUGCCUGGUUUGGUUGAGGCUCCAAUUUACACCAUAGAUGGCGUGUGGGAGAAACUGCAAUUUGGCGCUAGAAAUAGGUCUGUUGGAUCAACCAAUGCCAAUGAACUGAGUAGCCGUUCCCACAGCUUGGUUAGGGUCACUGUUAGGAGCGAGCAUUUGGUGACCGGCCAGAGGAGCAGAAGCCACAUGUGGUUGGUUGACCUUGCUGGAAGUGAGAGAGUAGCUAAAACUGGAGUGGAUGGAGAUAGGCUGAAGGAGUCACAGUUCAUCAACAAAUCACUCUCUGCCUUGGGUGAUGUUAUAUCUGCCCUUGCCUCAAAAAAUUCCCAUAUCCCAUACAGGAACUCCAAGUUGACUCAUCUGCUCCAAAGCUCAUUGGGUGGAGAUUGCAAGACUAUUAUGUUCGUGCAGAUAAGCCCAAGCUCUACAGAUUCAGGAGAAACUCUCUGUUCACUUAAUUUUGCUAGUAGAGUUCGGGCUGUAGAACAUGGCCCUGCUCGUAAGCAAGUGGAUCCAGCUGAAAGUUUGAAGCUCAAGCAGAUGACUGAGAAACUUCGGCAUGAGGAAAAGGAAAAUGCACGAUUGAGUCAAAGCUUGCAGUUGAUGCAGCUCAAAUAUGCUUCUCGUGAGAAUGUCUUCAGGUCACUAAAUGAAAAGGUUAGGGAUGCUGAACAAGCAUGCAAAGCUUCUCAACAGCGGAUUAGAGAACUGGAACAUGAAUUAGGUAUUGAGAAGAACGCUGCUAGGGAUUCUGCUAGAUCAUCGAGGCCGCCGCUUGUUCCUAUGAGGCUGAGGCAACCUCCUCAGGGAAGGAAUAGCAACUACUUGCCACCUUCAGGUCCUUCUAGAUCGAGGUUCAGUAAAGCACCCACAAUUCAGAAUAAAGAGAACGUUCCUGUGAUGGCGAGCAAAGCACAUCCUGGGGCCGAUAAAGAUAAGGCUGUCGGUAAAGCACGGCGUGUAUCCCUGACACCAGUGAUCCGACAAAUCCCUAUCCAACCCAAAAGGCGAUCCUCGAUGGCGAUACUGCCAUCUCUGAGCGAGCAGCUGUCUGUGCUUAAUGAAAAGAGAGCAGUGUCUCGACUGUCUCAUGUGCACAUGCCAAGAAGAUCAGUUGCUGCGUUUGGUUCAGUUCCAGGAACACCGCUAGCACUAGUUGACGCAACCCCAGAUGGCAGAGGAGGAAAGCUCAGGAGGAUCGAGUUCGGCAGCAGUAGCAAGUUCACGAGCCCUCCGAUGCUGGCCAUGUGGAAGUCAAGGAACAAUAUGGCAACACCACAGCAGAAGCAGAAGCUGGGAGUGGCAUCAGGGUCUGGAAACCCAAGCAAGCUAUGCUUCAGUAUCCAGAAACGAGUGACUCUUGGCUCACCUGUUCGAUCGAAAGCUGGUGUCCUCUCUGGUGCUGGGAUCUUCAACCCGGCUCUGCGCGAGAAGACGGUAGUGGGGAGAACAGGCAAUGCGCUGCGGGUGCUCAACACCAAGAGGAGACAGUCUGGUUUCAUCUAACUUGAACUCUGGAAAUGAGAGUAUAAGAUACAGUGGAUGUUUGGAUGUUCAAACACUGCUACAGAGCUGGACUGCUGAUAAUGGUGAUAAUGCUCAUGCCUGGGAGUGAGCGUGUUCAUAAGGAAACCGUGCUAGGAUUGAAACUUCUGUUCUUCUUUUCAUCUUCUUUCUGAGGAUUCUGCUUAGUUAUUAGUUGAUAAGAAAACCGUGUUAACAUUGUUCAUUGAAAUCAUUGGUUGUAUGCAUUCGUUACUCGGAUUCGUGCUUGCUCGAAUUUUU